GGGAUUAAGGAGCUGUGACCACGUGGUUCCAGUAUGCGGCGCUGCGUUUCUCCAGUCCAGGUUGAAAAGCUGAGGAGCAGCGCGGGACCUGUGGAAGGUUCACAGUUGGAGUUGCUGUAAGACAGGGCAGGCUGAAGAGAAAGAGGAGGUUUUGCUAGUUCUUCUAUAGAUGUUCUAGAAGUCUGAAUUCUGGUGAUGCCGCGACCAAAAAGAGAGAGAAAGCCCCGUCCACUGCCCUCGUGGAUGAUAUCUGCCGAUGGAGCGUACUUCUUUUCCGACUUUCAGUUAAACACUGAAAACAAAUCAGGAGAAAAAAAGAACUGUGGCAAAAAGCUUGAGAAAUCAGGAGAUGUUAAAUGUGAGAAUUUGGGCUCGUCUGUAAGCGGCAGUCCUCAGCAGAAAUGUGCCAAAACUCCCAAAAACACUGUAAAGAAGAAAAGCCACCACUGCUUAAUGUGUGGAAAGAGUUUUAAUCAACUAUCGUCCCUGAAAAUACACCAGAGCAUUCACACCGGAGAGAAGCCGCAUCACUGCCCGUGGUGCAGCAAGAGCUUCAGCCAUCAGGCCCUCCUCCGGGCUCACCUGCGGACCCACAGCGUGGUGAAACCGUACGGCUGCCCGGAGUGCGGUUACAGCUUUAGCUCACUGUGUAUGGUUCUGAUGCACUACCGCAUUCACACUGGGGAGAAGCCCCACCAGUGCUCAGAGUGUGGGAAGAGCUUCAGAACCAAAGCCAACCUCGCGAUUCACCACCGCAUUCACACUGGAGAAAAACCCUACCUGUGCUCAGAGUGUGGAAAGGGAUUCACUAUCAAAGCCAACCUCACCACCCACCAGCGCAUCCACACGGGCGAGCGGCCGUACCGCUGCUCAGACUGCGGGAAGUGUUUCAUGGAGGCAAGGAGUCUGAAAAUACACUGUCGAAUUCACACUGGAGAGAAACCCUAUUACUGCUCAGACUGCGGGCAACACUUCAGGCAUUCCAAUAGUAUGAAAAUGCACAAAUGCAUGAAUGCUCAGGGAUGCACCUGAAUGCUUGUGGUAAAACGUGAUUUAACAGGUAUUUCAGGUGCAAAGUACCAUAGGUGCAGGAACUGAACUGACUUACGAGCAGGGGUGUCCAAACUGCAGCCUGCGGGUUUUUUAGAAAUAGAAUGAAAGUUGGUCCGCUGUUAAGCAGGUUUUUAUAAUGUGAUAUUCAAAGUUCGAACGCUAGGGGUCAGAAACGGGCCAAAGAGUCUAAAAGCGGAGAGGGUGCGCAUUUCUAGCGCAGAAAAACGGGUCUAAAAGCUGCUGUAAUUAAGGAGUUUAAUAUUAAGAGACAUCAUGAAAUUAAACAUCAUUUUGAAAAAUCUUAGUUUACACAACACUGUCAAAGAUAAAGAUAGUAAGUCAAGUAAAAUGGUGUGUAAAUGAAAUAAUCAGGUAAAUGUAUUAUUUAAAGUGGUAUAUUUCAUUAUUUGUUUUAUUACAGAGUCUGUGGCCCGUGACUUCAAAUAUAUUUCUCCUUCUGGCCCCCAACAAAAAAAGUUUGGACACCCCUGCUUAAGAGUAUAAGAAAAUAUACUGAAGUUUACUGAAAUAUUCCACUUUUUUUAUUGCCAAUACAGUAUUUCUUGUUAUUGUUUAGUUUGCAAGUAAAUAUUGAUGUCAGACAGUGGUUCAAACUCUAGAUAAGUAGUUGUGUUAAAAGGGAGGGACAAUAAAUUGAUAUACUUUUUAUUUCUUUUAAUUAUUUCAGUCGUAUCGUAUCGAUAUGAGGUGUCAAACUUUGCUAUUGUUUUUGAAACAUUGUUUGUGAAAUGCUGUAAAACUGACACCAAUAAAUCCAUAAUUUCUG